CCCCCCUUCUCAUUAUUCACUCAGACUCUCAGUCCCGUCUUUCCAACAACGACAACUACAACAAAAAUCGAACUGAGCUCAGAAGAAACAGACACGGCCACCUAGGUGUUCCUUCCUUCUCUCUCAAAUUCUUAGCCGUUGAUUUCUUCAAGUGGUUCCACCUGGACUUCCACCUCACUCUUCCUAACUCCAUGAAACCAGAACAUUAGUUGAAAUUGGAUAAGAUUGGGGUGUUUGAUUAGAUUGGUAAAGUUUGAGCUUUUGGGGAUCAAAUCUGUUGCUGAAUAGUGCAAUUUGAGAGGGAUUUUUCAGUCUUUUACUCUUUUUACAAUUUGGGUUCAAUGUAAUAUGGGGGAGGUCUUCAGUUGCAGCAUCCAAAUUUGAUUUCGGGUACAGUAAUGAUUUGGUUUGGCUAAUUAAUGAGAGGAGAAACAGCUGAGUCAAUUGAAAUGGGGACAGGGGAAGAGGGCACACCCUCUAAGCCUUCCAAACAAUCUUCAACUGCUCAGGAAAUACCAGCACAGCCUUCGUAUCCUGAUUGGUCCAGCUCUAUGCAGGCUUAUUAUGGUGCUGGAGCUGCUCCACCGCCCUUUUUCGCAUCCUCUGUUGCUUCGCCGGCGCCACAUCCGUAUAUGUGGGGAGCACAGCAUCCUAUGAUGCCGCCUUAUGGAACUCCAGUUCCGUACCCUGCCAUGUAUCCUCCAGGUGGAGUUUAUGCUCAUCCGGGUAUGGUCACGACGCCUGCCUCUGUACCGCCAGCAAAUCCAGAAUCAGAAGGGAAGAGCACAGAGGGAAAAGAGCGAGCUUCUGCCAAAAAACCAAAGGGUGCUGCAGGAAGUACAGGCUUGGUUAGUGGCAAAGCUGGGGAGGGUGGAAAAGCAACUUCUGGUUCUGGCAAUGAUGGUGCUUCACAAAGUGCUGAAAGUGGUAGUGAGGGUUCAUCAGAUGGGAGCGAGGAGAAUGGUAACCAUCAGGACUAUGGUGCGAACAAGAAGGGAAGCUUUGACAAGAUGCUUGCAGAUGGAGCGAAUGCACAAAAUAACACGGGUUCAGUGCCUGGGAAGCCAGUAGUUUCUAUGCCUGCAACUAGUCUGAAUAUGGGAAUGGACUUGUGGAAUGCCUCCCCUGCUGGUGCUGGAAGUGCAAAAAUGAGAGGAAAUCAAUCUGGAGCCCCAUCAGCUGUCGGUGGUGACCAUUGGAUUCAGGAUGAACGGGAACUGAAAAGACAGAAACGGAAGCAGUCGAAUAGGGAGUCUGCAAGGAGGUCAAGAUUGCGAAAGCAGGCGGAGUGCGAAGAGCUACAAAAAAGUGUACAAGGACUGACCAAUGAGAAUCAUGGCCUUAAGGAUGAGCUGCAAAGGCUCUCCCAGGAAUGCGAGAAGCUUGCGUCUGAAAAUUCUUCUAUAAAGGAAGAGUUGACACGAUUAUGUGGACCGGAUUUAGUAGCAAACAUUGAACAUCAAUCUCGUGGCAGUGAGGGUAACAGUUGAGAUGGCACUGGUCUCCCUAUGUAGUAACAGAUUUUUAUUGAGCUCUGGAACCGUGACCCUCACUUUAGUUGAGUGUAGAACAUUUGUUAUCUUAUACUAAUUUAUACGCUUAACCCUGCUCUGUAACUGUAUCGUUUAUUUAUGAACUGUUGACUGAGUUGGGUCCUAGAUGGAGCAACCAUGGCGAUUGUUGUAUCAUUGGAAAAGAGUAUAUAAUAGAUAACUUCCAUCUUGUCUUUCA